GUGACCGAACACACUGGGAUGGCAUUGUUAGCCGAUCCGCUGAAUAAUAAUUGGCGUUCGGUGCAUUUACAUGGUCACGAUCGCGAAGCGUCAAUAUCUUUCCGGAUGGAAUGGAAACGUCACCCGGUGGCUUUGCUCGGUGAUAUAGCGUUCGUUCAGUAUUUGCCGUGGAUCUAUGCCUGUGACUUCGCCGUCGCUCUCCACAAGAGGAGGAUGGGCUGUUCCCCUAGCGAGCCUUCGUGCACGAAGGGCGGUAUACGAUUAAUGGCCACGAAGCUUGCUUUCACCAAGGGUCAGCUACACAACCUGAACGCAUAUUUCCGCAAACUGGCCGAGGAGGCUCAAAACGAUUCCUCGAGCACUACCGCGAUCGAAGCUAUCGUCGAGAGAUUGGUUCAACGUUUGAUGCUGGCCGCCGGCAAUCUGGACCGGAGAUUCUCGUCUGUGUUUCUCGUUUCGUUGAACGAGCCUCGACGAAUGAAGCGGUUCAAGUUCGAAUACUUGCUGCGCAUAGACGCGCUGUCUACCCCGACCGCAAGUUCCGUGCCCGAAGUCUCAAGGGUGAGCAUCGAGGAGAAUGCAGGUCUGCCGGGCUUUAUUCGGUUAAAGAUACUCGACGCUGGAGCAAAGCCCUGGCGAGAGUACGCGGAUGCUGCUGGAAGAUUGAGAAGAGAUCUCGUGAAAGCCAAAUUAGCGAAUUUGUUGGCCACGGCUAUUAAACGAGAUAACGUCGACCCAACGGACGCGAAAGUUUGCGGUUCACCGGGGCAAGUGGUCGACGCCGAGGUCCUCGACAAAAUACUGAAGCAACCGGACCACUGUCGGAUAUUUUACGGGCCUGCCGUUUCCGAUGGGCCAUUGCCGGAACCAAAGGAUCAUCGAGUGGUCUUGAUCGAAGACUCUGGAGGGAUACUUUUAAGGAUAGCGUUGGACGGAUGCAAGUCUCGGGAGGUGGAAGUUAGAUUGUUAAUCGGUAUAGGGCUGUCGUCCUGGCCCAGUUCGGCUGACUAUCCUCAAAGGUUGCCUCUCUACCACUGUGACGCGCUUCUUCAUUACACCGUGGUGCAAAGCGGCAUGUACGCUGUGGCCGUUGGACCGUACCCUGGUGCACGUUGCGAGGACCGAGCAACUCUCUGGGGUAUACGUGUUCCGGCAGCAGAGAAAAUUAUGAGUCAACACUAUGCCGCCGACAGUGUACCUGGCCUGACGGAGUCCGCGCUCAUAGAAAUCUUGCACCAGCUACGCGAGGGACGUCCCUUGAAUCCGCCUAUGAAGUCGAAGCCGACCCGGAAGGGAGAUCCUCCUCCGCAGGAUCGCCUGCGAGUUGUCUCCAGGCAUAUACUGAGAACGAUGCAUCGUUGGUCUCUGGAACGGGCCGGGCCGGAUCCACUGACGUGUUGGGCGCCCGAUACCCUCUCGCGUCAUGUUCUGUUAGUGCUGGACGAGUUAGUCACCGCUUUGAAAUGCCAGAACCUCAGAUGUUAUUUUCUGCCGCGGUGCAACGUGAUGCUGCAAUGCGCGAGAGGUGGAAUAGUGUAUCACGAGGAUCUCUACGCCUCCGACUGCCGGUUGCUCGAGUCCUACCUAGAGAGCCUGCAUCACCGUUCCCUUUCCAUGGCCCAAGAUGUGCCCAGACCUUUGGACGUUCUGGAAAACGAGCUCAUCGUCAGGUGGCGAGAGAUCGUGUUCUCGUUACCCAGGGGUACCGCGGAUGCAGAUUAUGGAUACAGCCACAGGCAAUUGGAAUAUCUGGGUCUGAUCUUGGAGCAAGUGCUGCGGGCGAAGGACUCCGUGGCGCAGAACCACUCGGAUAACUCUUCUUGCCUGAACUUCCCGGAGUUUUCUUAUCGUAUCACCGAGCAAACGGAGAACCUCGUUUUCCUGUUGAAGUUGACCCUUACACAGGCCAAGGAGCAGAUCCGCGCAAUGACAAAUCGACGGACCAGGGCGUACCAGUACUAUAAGGACUUGAAAAAAGGGAAGCACUGCAACACGACCAGUCAGUUUGACCGGUCCGUCGCUCUUUUAAUCGAUGAGGUUAGGGCAGACAGAGAGACUAUCGCCAUGGACCUAGAGUCUCAUCCGAUAAUGGCCAAGAUUCUAUUGCAGUGGCUGUAUUUCGGAAUGGACUACGACAGGAAGUAUCUGGAACCGGUGUUGCGGCCGUAUCUGAACAAUCUGUUCUACAGCCUGCACGAGAACUGUUGGUACGCCUCGCGUUGGCGGAGCAGGCAAGAGACUUACACCUCCGAGAUGCAUUCCCUGUCCGCAUUCUGCAAAUCCGUGAUAUCCCAAGAAAUAUCGCCGGCUCUCGGGAUCGUAGACUUCUUGUCGAAGGGCUGGCGCUGGGCGGAGGGCGUGACAAAGAUGAUCGAACGCUCCGGGAAUUCUCUGAGGCUGAUUCUGUUCGCCGGGGACAAGGUGCUGAGGUACAAUCUGACGUUCACGGAGAACAAGGGGCCGAGCGCGUUCUCCACGUGGAGCAAGGCGAGGAGCGUCGGCACGAUCGCGAGGAGGAAAAGGAUCAGUUCCAGGGCGAGCGAGAUACUCGAGUCCCUGUCGGAGUCGAGCGACGUUCCCCGUGAAAAUAAGGAUGUUGCAGGCCACGUGGAACUGAGGGACGCCAGCCCUUUGACGUAUGUCGCGGCGAUGUGCAGGCAGCGGGCCCGGCACAGAGGACCCGGCGACCUGGUCUCGGCCAUGGUCUCCCUCGGCAAGUUCAGAGUUUUGCAGGAAGUCGCGACGUUCCUGCCGCGGGAGCAGCGGGUCCGCGUGCUGGAUACGGUGCAAAGGCUUGCCAGGGAAUCCUCUCGCGCUUCCAGAAAGGCCACCGGCAGCCUGGAUCCAUCGGGCUCACCGAGGGAAGUUUACAGACCCAAGCCGGAAUCGGAUUUGGUGGAUUCGUCGGUUCGAUUAUCGCCCGGCGUUCGCGAGCGGCGCAUCAUCGCGGAGCACCAGAAACAGCUCGAAAGGGAGAUGCAAGAGAUGCACGACACGCUGCGACGCAACGUGCUGACGAGACACCGCGCUUCCGCCUGGGACUCGAACUCCGUGUCGUCCUGGAGCUCCUCGAUCGAUUCGUUCGCGGGCACAAUAACUCUUCGAAAAUAUCGUGCGCCGAUAUGGGACGCGAUCAAAGGAGGCUCGCCGACGCGGGCCGGCCAUGCCGCGUGCCGGGACAGCAGCGUCGCGACGAAUAAAUCCGGCGAGAUGAUCAGCCGCGAGGAAUCGCCCACCUGGAACACGACGGACGCUCGCAGGAUGCUCGACGAGUCCAAGAACGGAGACGAAUUGCCGUCUUGGGAUGCGUUAGAGGCGACGUUGAAUAGGAGGCUGUGUAAUUACGGCAACGCUCUCGCGGAAUCCUCGGAGAUGGACGAAUGCACGGGCGGGAGCUGCGCGAGGCCGCGAGAAUGAGCGUUCCCGGGUAACGGACGUUUCAGAGUUUUCGAAAUCAAAGUUCGAGGCGUUCCGAACUGUCUGCAAGUUAAAAAUGCAUGUUCCGAUCGUCUUCCGACACUCGGCCGACAUUCCCAACGACCCGACAUUGCACGGAACAACUCUCGACACGGGCGGUUGCCACGUUUCCUGUGGAACAGUGUACAAAUGUUUCCCUUGGAAGAUAUUUAACAGCCGAGUAUCUCGGGGUUGUUCCGGCACGCCGAUGGAACUCGAAAGGAACAUAUUUCUCGCGGAGCGGGGAGCCACGCGUUCUCGGAGACCUCCGGUUGACUCGCGAGUAUAUAAUAGUUACGGGGCGGGCCGCGUAGAACGGCCCAAGCAUCGCCUUAAAUUUUCAUUUACGUCCGAAACCGGCGAUUACGUCCAUUCAGCGAGCGCCAACUUCCGUUCCGUCCACUCGCUAAUUAAUGGGAGCCACGGCCCGCCAGGAAUUCCAGCGGGGUUAGCGUCGACUGAUUUUGGCAAAUUCGACGGGAAAAGGAAAAUUCCUGGUUCGCUUAAAGCGCGCCUCGCCGUACCCCGGUCUCAUCAAUCUUCACCACCUAAGGCUACUCCGUGACCGUACAUU